AUCCCCACCGCCUCGUGUCCCCCUCUCACUAUCGCAACAAAAUUCAGAUCAGGCGAAUCGAAAAAGGGCAAGAGAAGCUCGGAGAUCGCAUCAAUGGCGUCGUCGUCUCGUCGAUUCUUCGGCUACGACCCCUACGACUACUACUACACCUCCUCCCCCUACGACUACGCCUACCCGUACUACACCCCCGCCCCCGCCGCCACCGACCGCCGCCGCCACGCCUCGCCGCGGUUCUUCCCGGCGGCGGCGGCCGAUGAGGAGUACAGGUACGGCGAGCCGGUGGAGACGGUGGACGUGCUGCGCCCGAGCUCCUCGAGGAGGAGCAGGGCGAGGCCGGUGUCCGUGUCCGUCCCGGUGCAGUUUGCUGGGUCUGAGACGAAGGCGAAGGCGAAGGGGUGUGAGAGUGAGAUGAGUCCGCCGCGAUCGGUGGCGAGGAUUGGGAGGGAGGCGGCGGCGGUGAGGGUGCAGGCGGCGGCGAGGGGGUUCCUGGCGAGGAGGAUGGUGCGGGAGGUGAGGGCGGUGGAGGCGGAGGCGGAGGGGGUGGCGAGGAAGGUGGCGGCCGAGGCGGAGGCGCUGAGGCGGGACGCGAGGGGGAGGGUCGCCCUCGGGGAGGCGCUCAUGCGGCUGCUGCUCCGGCUCGACGCGGUCCACGGCGCCAGGGAGUACCGGAGGAGGGUAACCAAGCGGGUCCUCGCGCUGCAGGACGCCGUCGACGCCCUCGAGCACGUGCCGGCGGCGCCGCCCGUGGAGGAGGAGGAGGAGGAGGCCCGCGUGGUCGCCGACGACGCCGCCCCGGCCCUCGACAUGGAGGAGGCUCACGACGCGCAGGAGGACAUGAUGACGCCGUCGCCUGCGCAGGACGCGUCCCAGCUCGCGGACGACGCCCCGGCGGCCGUCGAUGCCGUCGACAUGGAAGAGAACGAGAUGGCGCCGGGGUCGCCGCGCGCCGAGGAGGAGCACGGCGUCGAGGCGGAACCGAAGCCCGAGGUGGAGAUCCCGGUUCCUGAGGCGGGCACCGAGAUGGAGGUGGACGGGGGGCAAGCCACCGGCGGCGAGGCCGAGACGGAGAAAGCGGUCGAACAGGUGGUGGGCGGAGAGAUGCAGGAGGCGGAGGAAGAGGCGGAAGGCGAGUGGGAGAUGGUGACUGCAGAAUCCCCUUUGGAGGCCGCCGCCGCCGACGACGACGUGGAGGCCGUGGAGAGCUCGGCGGCGCCCGCUGCGCGGGUCGACGAACCGGCGGUCCAAGAUGAGGAGAAAGAGAAGGAGGAGGGGGUGGAGAUGAAGAAGGUGAUGGAGAUGGUGGCGGCGCUGUGCGAGCGGAGCGCGCAGCAGUGCGCGGUGAUCGGCGCGCUGGCGGAGCGGGUGGACGCGCUGGAGCGCGCCGUGCGGCGGGUGGAGGAGAGCGACCGGCGGCGCCGCCGCAACAAGAAGCUCAAGAAGGAAGCCAAGGCGAACAGCUAGUCCAUCCGAAGCUGCUACAGCGAUUGAAUAAACAAGAGUUUUUUUUAGUUCUUAGCUUUUGGAGUUGGACAGACAAAAAAAAAUCCGUAAUAUUAUUUUUGGUUUCUUUCGUUUUUUGAUUUGGUUUGUAGUCCUUUCGAAUGCGAAUCAAACGAUAACAAUUUUGCUAUAUAUUUACUCCAAUUCCGCCA